AUGUCGAAAUCCUGGCUCUCCGAAGCCACCAACCUCCAGCUCCCCUCUGCCGCCCAAAACACCAAACAAUACAUCUCGCAAUGGAUACACAACAAGCGCUUCGUCCGACUCGUCGCCGCGUCCUUCACCUUCCUCGUCAUCGGCCUGCUCUACUACAACACCCUCACCGGCACCGUCCCCGCCCUAGUGCCCUCGUCAAGCAUCAUCACCCCCCCGGCCGCCCCCGCCGCGCCAGCGGGGCCAAAAUACGCAUUCGCGACCCUGCUGUCGCCGAACUACCUCGAGAAUGUCGAUCAGACCGAUAUCGAGAGCGAUGAGUACUUUCUCUCGACGCGCGUGCUGAAUUACCAGCUGCGCACGUCGAAUCACACUAGAUACGCGGACAAGAAUGUGCCGUUCAUCGUUAUGUGCCCACCGAAUGUCGCACAGAAUAAGCGCGAUAUCCUCGCGGCGGAGGGCGCAACGAUUGUCGCCGUCCCGCAUAUCAUGGCGGAUUGGAUCAAGGUCCCUCUGCCGACGUGGGUGGAGAUGCUGGAUAAACUGCUGCUGUGGUCGUAUACCGAGUAUGACCGUAUCCUAUACCUCGAUGCGGAUGUGUAUCUCGUCGAGUCGCUGAAUGGGAUUUUCGAGGACGCGGCGGCGCAGGACCAUGAGGUGAGCGUGGAGAAGACGCAUGAGAAUGAUGUGGGCAAGCUGCCCAAGCAGUAUACAAUUGCGGGAGUCGUGGAUGGAGGAUCGGGAAGCCGCGAACAUCCUAUGAGUGAGAACUACAUGAACGCGGGCUUCUUCCUGAUCGCCCCGGAUCAAAUGCUCUACAAGCACCUCAUGGCGUUCGUCGACAGCCCCGACAGCUUCUCAGUGAGCAUGAUGGAGCAGAACCUCAUCAACGACGUCUUCAAACAGGACGGCCCGAUGCCAUGGAAGAAGAUGGACCCGAAGUGGGACACGAGUUGCCCGGAGCCUGAGGAUGUCAAGAAGGGGUAUAAGACGAUUCACAGUAAGCUGUGGAAGGUGAAGGCGUCGCCGUGCGAUAUCGAUCCGGUUAUUGGGCGCAUGUGGUAUAAGACCCUGGGACACAUGGAGUCGCAUUAUGCGCAGAUUCCGUUGAGAUGA